GUUCAGCUUUCCCUCAUUAAACUUUUUUAGAAGCAACUCUCAAAUAGCUCUUCUGAGAGGCUUGACUCGCUAAGUCCUUAAAAACGGAAAAUCUCCGAAACAGUACGUGCCAUUGUGCCAAAGCAGAACGACCGUUGGAUGAGAAUCAACCGUAAAUCACAGAAACGGAAAUCAAACCGUACGUAAUAUCUAAACAUAACCCGGAUCCAGCUCUGUGACGCUGCUUGGUUAGCGUUUGCUUCGCUACGGCUUUCACCUACCUGCUUACCACUCUGAGCAAAAACAAUAGAAAGAAAGAAGCACCGGUUUCUGUUUCUGCACCGCCAUGUCUUCUUCCGAUCCCGAGAAGUUGAUUGCCAAGGCCGAUAAGCUAACAAAAUUGAGUCUCACAAGGUGGAGUGCUGAUUGGAAAAGUGCCACUCUUCUGUAUGAGCAAGCUGCUAACAGUUUUAGGGUUGCCAAGAAAUAUGAGAAAGCAAAAGCAGCAUUUGAAAUGGCUUCCAAGGGUCAAGAGAUAAUCUCCUCCCCCUGGGAUGCUGCUAAGCAUAUGGAGUCUGCUGCUGCUCUAGCAAAGGAACUAGGCAACUGGAAUGAAGUUGCUGAUCUUUAUAGAAGGGCAUCUGAGCUGUAUAUUGAGUGUGGGAGAUCACAACCUGCAUCAGAUGCUCUAGCGAAGGCUGCACGUGCUCUAGAAGAUGCUAUGCCUGAUGUUGCUGUUCAACUGUAUACUGAUGCUUGUGUUAUUCUUGAAGAGGAUGGCAAGGAACAAAUGGCGUUUGAUCUAUACCGUGCUGCCAUUAGUGUUUAUAUAAAGCUUGAGAAGUAUACAGAUGCUGCAGCUAUCUUGUUGAGAUUGGGUCUAGCAGCGGACAAAUGCAAUGCUACCAAUAGCCAGUGCAAAGCAUAUCUUGGUGCAAUUAUAGUUUAUCUUUAUGCUCAUGAUCUCAAGCAAGCAGAAAAGUGCUACAAUGAUUGUGCACAGAUUGAUGCCUUUUUGAGCAGCGACCAGAAUAGGUGUGCUACUAAACUACUUUCUGCUUAUAGGGAAGGUGAUAUUGAAGAAAUCAAACGCCUUGCUCAGUCUAGCACUGUUUCACAUCUUGACCAUGCGAUAAUUAAGAUUGCAAGAAAACUUCCAACGGGGGACGUUACCGCAUUCAAAACUGAUGCUACAAAAGAGGAAGAAGAAGAAUUGGAUGAGAAUGACCUCACAUAAAAGAUUGGCAGUAGUUAUAUAAAUUGGUGGGUUUUGGCUUUGGUAUAGAGCAUGUAUAAAGCAUAUAUUAUAAUUUCAUUUUAUUUGAUAUUGUGAAUGUUGUUCUCCCAUUUUUAACAUUCUGUGUUUUAAGAGGUGUUGACUGUGUACAAAUAUAUACCUUUUAUCAAUAUUUUUAAUGUAUUGGAUUAGCUAAGUUUUCAAACAUUUUAAUUUUAAAACAAUAAGGUAUUCGUAAUUAAG